AUGACAGUUAUCACGCCCUUACACUCGAUGGUCCACCAUCUGAGCCAGCUAUCUAUUCAAGAAUCUGUGAAGCCUUCUCCUCAGAACCACUUUGAGCUUCUGCGCAUGAUUGAACAGCUCCGACUGGCAGUAGAGACACCGACGGAGACUGUUCUCCGUUUAAUAUAUCAGCCCCCUCAAAAUGCCGCUCUCAAAACUGUCGUCGACCUGGGAAUAUUUCCUUUGCUGAUGCAAAAGCAAUAUCAGGAGUCCGGAAUAUCUGCCGCACGAUUGGCAAAUUAUACCGGGGCAGAGGAAGACUUGAUCGUGCGCUUAAUGCGUGUCAUGACCUCUUUAGGUCUUUGUAUGACUUUAAAGCCAGGUGUCUUCAAAUCCAAUGACAAAACUGUAGCCCUGACACAGUCAAUUGGUAGAGAUGGAAUCCCGUGCAUAUAUAACCUGACCAUGCCAACGCUUAGCAAGCUCCCUGAAUACUUCCAGGCCAACGGUUAUACCAGUCCUCGAGAAUAUGAGCAGUCACCAAUGCAAUGGGCCGUUGGCCAAAGCCAAUUUGAGUGGUUAGCCAGUCACACGGACCAGCAAAUGCUGUUCAACUUGUACAUGGCCAGUCGAAGACAAGGAAAACCCUUGUGGUUCGACAUAUACCCGGUGGAACGACUUUUGGGACACGAUGUGCCCUACAAUGACACAGUCUUCCUUGUUGAUGUUGGAGGCAACCAAGGUCAUGACCUAAGCCAAUUCCGCCAAGGAUAUAGCCAUCUCCCUGGUAGACUUGUCUUGCAAGAUCUACCAGUUGUCGUCAGCAAAGUUUCCAGCUGCGAUCCAGGGAUCGAGGUGAUGCCUUACAACUUUUUGGAACCCCAGCCAGUGAAAGGCGCACGGGUAUACUACUUCCGCUCAGUUUUCCAUGACUGGCCCGAUGAAGUAUGUCAUCAGAUCUUGCACAACACGGCUUCUGCGAUGAUACCUGAGUAUUCUAAGAUCUUGAUCGUUGACUUUGUUUUGCCGGAUACCGAGGCUCCUCUCAUGCAAGCAUCUUUGGAUAUACAGAUGAUGAGUAUUGGGGCAGGAAUUGAACGAUCGGAAAGUCAAUGGCGAGAUUUAUUGCAAAAAGCUGGAAUGAAAAUCACAGGGAUCUGGAGCCAGAGCCCCGGCAUGGAAUCUGUAAUUGAGGUUGUUCCAAUAUCUGGUGAGACAGUCACCAAAACAUUAUAG